CGUGCGCGGGCGCGUCGGCCGGCAAGGGAGCAGCAAACGGCCGGCGGCGGGCGCCGCGCGGGGGGCGGGCGGCGCGGAGGAGGCGGCAGUGGCCAUGGCCGAGGCGUCGCCGCACCCCGGACGGUACUUCUGCCACUGCUGCUCGGUCGAGAUCGUGCCGCGCCUGCCGGAUUACAUCUGCCCCAGAUGCGAGUCUGGCUUUAUCGAGGAGCUUCCGGAAGAAACCAGGAGUACAGAGAAUGGGUCUGCCCCCUCCACGGCCCCCCCAGACCAGAGCAGGCCGUCCUUUGAGAACGUGGACCAGCACCUGUUCACGCUGCCGCAGGGCUACGGCCAGUUUGCUUUCGGCAUCUUUGACGACAGCUUCGAGAUCCCCACGUUCCCCCCCGGGGUGCAGGCCGAUGAGGGCAGGGACCCUGAGAGCCGGCGGGAGAGAGAGCAGCACUCCCGGCACCGGUAUGGCGCCCGGCAGCCCCGCGCCCGCCUCACUGCACGGCGGGCUACCGGCCGGCACGAAGGCGUCCCCACGCUGGAAGGGAUCAUCCAGCAGCUGGUUAACGGCAUCAUCACCCCAGCCAGCAUCCCCAGCCUGGGCCUGGGCCCUUGGGGCGUCCUGCACUCAAACCCGAUGGACUACGCCUGGGGGGCCAACGGCCUGGAUGCCAUCAUCACGCAGCUCCUCAAUCAGUUUGAAAACACAGGCCCCCCGCCUGCAGACAAAGAGAAAAUCCAGGCCCUCCCUACCGUCCCCGUCACUGAGGAACAUGUAGGCUCCGGGCUGGAGUGCCCCGUGUGCAAGGACGACUACGGGCUGGGGGAGCGCGUGCGGCAGCUGCCCUGCAGUCAUCUCUUCCACGACGGCUGCAUCGUGCCCUGGCUGCAGCAGCACGACAGCUGCCCUGUGUGCCGGAAAAGUCUCACGGGACAGAACACGGCCACCAACCCCCCAGGCCUGACCGGCGUGAGCUUCUCGUCGUCCUCGUCGUCCUCGUCCUCCAGCUCGCCGAGCAACGAAAACCCGGCCGGCAACUCCUGAGCCCCCGCCUCCCUCCGGCUGGCCCCCAGAGUGAGCACAGGACCCCACCCGCACCGGGCCCUGUGGGGCGGUGGGGGGGGGGGGGCACCACGGAGCCGGAGCCUGGAGGUGCCCCACCUGCCUUGGCUCCCACACCGCCCCCCCCCCGCCGUGGGCAGAGACUCGGAGGACCGCCGCCUCCAGGUUGGCAUCUGGCACAGGGGCCUGGGCACACGGCACCCCUGGGGGCGUCCCCAGUUCCCCUACCCAUCUGUCUCUAACCUCACCCUCCACACAGCAGCGGCGGAAAGGUUUUUAUAAUUUUAAAUUAUUACCGCUUUGAAAUAAACGGACGUUUGAGCUCACA